ACUUGGUGGGGUUCACCUACGCGACCUUGUUUUCCUCUGCUGGGCGGGUCGCCAGCGCGGGGCUGGCUGAGCACAGUAGGGUGCCGGGAUCGCGAGGCUACCGGGAGCGGCUGGGCCGCCGGCGGCGCGCCCCUCUGCCCUCCCGGGUGCCACGCCGGUCAGAUCCGUCGGCCCACCAACGCCCUCCUUCCUCUCAGCAUCCAUUUGGCUGGACUGCAGUCAGUGGACAUGACCGAUCCACCAAGGGCGCCGCCGCCGGCGCUCGCAAGCCGCAGGUCUUAAAGAAGAAAGCCCGUUCCCACACCACCCGGAGCAAGAAGGUGGCUCAGACCAAGAAGGUGACCCCGACCAAGAAGGCGGCCCAGACCAAGAAGGUGACCCAGACCAAGGAGGUGGCCCAGACCAAGAAGGUGGCCCAGACCAAGCAGGUGGCCAAGACCAAGGAGGUGGCCCAGACCAAGAAGGUGGCCAAGACCAAGGAGGUGGCCCAGACCAAGGAGGUGGCCCAGAUCAAGGAGGUGGCCCAGACCAAGGAGGUGGCCCAGAUCAAGGAGGUAGCCCAGACCAAGGAGGUGACCAGGGGCAAGGAAGUCACCUGGUCGGAGGAGGUGGCCCGGACCGAGGAGGUGACUCCGAUCCCGGAAAUGGCGGCCGCCGAACUUAACGUGACAGUCACCCACAGCAGUGAAAAGCAUGACCUUCAUGUUACUGCUCAGCAGGACAGAACUGAACCAGUUGUCCAAGACCUGGCCCGGGCUGUUGAAGAGGCUACAGGGGUCCCACUGACAUUUCAAAAGCUCAUAUUUAAGGGAAAAUCUCUAAAGGAAAUGGAGAUGCCAUUGUCAGCACUUGGAAUACAGAAUGGUUGCCGAGUCAUGUUAAUUGGGGAAAAAAGCAAUCCAGAGGAAGAAGUUGAACUAAAGAAGUUGAAAAAUUUGGAGAAGUCUGUGGAAAAGAUAGCUAACCACCUGGAAGAGUUGAGUAAAGAACUUGCUGGAAUCCAGCAGGGUUUUCUGGCCAAGGAUUUGCAAGCUGAGGCUCUCUGCAAACUUGAUAGGAGAGUAAAAGCCACCAUUGAACAGUUUAUGAAGAUCUUGGAAGAGAUUGAUACAAUGGGAAGCACUCUGGAUUCAGGAUUCUCUGGACGGUGGGGGUGUGUUAUAAAAAAGAAGCAACAGUGCUUUCCCUGGUACAUGAUCUGGCCAGGGCAUAGCAUCACAGGAAACAGUGAAAGAACAAAGUGUGUUACAAAUCAUUUGAAGAUCCUACCAGAAAAUUUCAAAGACAGUAGGCUAAAGAGGAAGGGCUUGGUGAAAAAGGUUCAGGCAUUCCUCGCUGAGUGCGACACAGUGGAAGAGAACAUCUGCCAGGAGACCGAGAGGCUGCAGUCCACAAACUUGGCCCUUGCUGAGUGAGGUCGGUGGAGAGAGGCACUGCCGCCUUGUGGGGCAGCACCAGCACUCUGCCUUCUCUACCAAAGAGCUGUCUGUUUCUCCAGAACUGCCGGAGGCAACCAGCCAGAUGUCAAUUUUGCUACUAUACCAGUUCUCAAUGAAAACGUACCGUCUUUGCAACCUGGA